ACCGCGGCGCACGCGCCCUGGCCUCACAACCUCGGGGCGGCACGCGGGUAGGUAGGCUAGAGCCCAGAGGAGGGGGAGCAGAGCGUGCUGGUGUCUCCCCUGGUCACCGCGCCGUGCGUGGGUCUGCGGGUCCCUGGAGGUGCGGUGCACCUGGCCGGGCCCGGCCUCCCAGGCGCGCGUGUGACUGCGGGUGCCGUCCUGCACCUCCACGAGUUGGAGGAGUGCCGCCGGCUUGCGCCCCGGCGUCGGGACGUGAGCUCGUGCUGGCCUUUUCCUUUUUAACGGUCACCCCCCCACGCACACACUCCAGUCCCCUGAGAGUUGGUCUUCACGCCUUGGCGCGCCCCUCCUCACCCGGCCCCUCCCACCGACCCUCGUUCCCGCUCGCUCCUAGUGGGUAGCCGGCUUCAUCCCUGGGGUCCCUGCUUGGGGGCGGAGAAGAUGGCUGGCGGACGUCUGCUGCUGGGGGGCGACUUCCUGUCGCCGCCGCCGCUGCCCCCCCUCCCGCCGCCGCCGCCCGAGCCAGUGCUGGAGCAGUGGCGCUAUAGCCACGAAAGUGACUGGCAGUGGGCUCUGCGGCGCAGCUUCAUCUGUCGGCACCUGCACAGCUAUCCCGGGGCUGCCCUGGACCAGCUCCUCGCGCUCUCCGCCGCCUGGACCAACCACGUUUUCCUGGGCUGCAGGUACAGCCCACGCCUGAUGGAAAAAAUUCUCCAAAUGGCUGAAGGUAUUGAUAUUGGGGAGAUGCCUUCAUAUGAUCUGAUGCUGUCCAAACCUUCCAAAGGUCAAAAACGUCACCUCUCAGGAUGUGAUGGUCAAAAUCCUCCUAAAAAGCAAGCCGGUUCCAAAUUCCAUGCGAGACCUCGUUUUGAGCCUGUACAUUUUGUAGCUAGUAGUUCAAAAGAUGAAAGACAGGAAGACCCUUACGGCCCUCAGACAAAAGAAGUAAAUGAACAAGCACAUUUAGCCAGCACGCCAAGAGACAGCUACCAAGAUUAUACUCAAGACUCUUUCAGCGUGCAAGAUGGGGAUUCUCAGUAUUGUGAUUCGUCAGGAUUUAUUUUCACAAAAGACCAGCCCGUAACAGUCAACAUGUAUUUUGACAGUGGGAACCCCGCCCCAAGCAGCACGUCACAGCAGGCAAACUCUCAGUCAGCUCCUGAGCCUUCACCGUCACAGACAUUUCCUGAGUCAGUGGUAGCCGAGAAGCAGUAUUUUAUUGAAAAAUUAACAGCGACUAUCUGGAAGAACCUUUCUAACCCAGAGAUGACUUCUGGCUCUGAUAAAAUUAAUUAUACAUAUAUGUUAACUCGGUGUAUUCAGGCGUGUAAGACAAAUCCUGAGUACAUAUACGCUCCUUUAAAAGAGAUCCCUCCUGCCGACAUCCCCAAAAAUAAAAAACUUCUAACAGACGGCUAUGCGUGUGAAGUUAGAUGCCAAAAUAUCUACUUAACCACAGGUUAUGCUGGCAGCAAGAAUGGGUCCAGGGAUCGAGCUACUGAGCUAGCUGUAAAACUCUUGCAGAAACGUAUCGAAGUUCGCGUUGUGCGGCGGAAAUUCAAGCACACGAUUGGAGAGGACCUGGUGGUGUGUCAGAUUGGCAUGCCCGCGUAUGAGUUUCCUCCGGCUCUGAAGCCGCCGGAAGAGCUGGUGGUGCUGGCUAAAGAUGCUUCCGGGCAGCCGAUUUUUAACGCUUCCGCCAAACACUGGACCAAUUUUGUCCUUACAGAGAAUGCAAACGAUGCAAUCGGCAUCCUCAACAAUUCUGCCUCAUACAACAAAAUGUCAGUCGAAUACAAAUACGAGAUGAUGCCAAAUCGCACGUGGCGGUGCCGAGUGUUUCUGCAAGAUCACUGCUUAGCUGAAGGUUAUGGAACCAAAAAAACCAGUAAACACGCAGCUGCCGAUGAGGCUUUGAAAAUCCUUCAAAAAACACAGCCCACUUACCCCUCGGUCAAAAGCUCACAAUGCCAGACAGGCUCUUCACCCAGGGGAUCUGGAAAGAAGAAAGAUAUAAAGGAUCUUGUAGUUUACGAGAAUUCUUCCAAUCCAGUGUGCACCCUGAACGACACAGCUCAGUUUAACCGCAUGACUGUCGAAUACGUCUACGAAAGAAUGACAGGCCUCCGAUGGAAAUGCAAGGUGAUCCUAGAGAGUGAAGUGAUCGCAGAAGCAGUCGGGGUGAAGAAAACGGUCAAGUACGAAGCUGCUGGGGAAGCUGUAAAAACCCUCAAAAAGACCCAGCCGACCGUCAUUAACAAUUUGAAGAAAGGAGCUAUCGAAGAUGUGAUUUCCAGAAAUGAGAUUCAGGGCCGCUCAGCAGAGGAGGCUUACAAACAACAGAUCAAAGAAGAUAACAUAGGAAACCAGCUGCUGAGAAAGAUGGGCUGGACGGGUGGUGGCUUAGGUAAAUCUGGCGAGGGCAUUCGGGAGCCGAUCUCUGUCAAAGAACAGCAUAAGCGAGAAGGGCUCGGUCUUGAUGUAGAGAGGGUAAACAAAAUCGCCAAGAAAGAUAUUGAACAGAUCAUCAGAAACUACGCCCGCUCGGAGAGCCACACGGAUUUGACUUUCUCCACGGAGCUGACUAACGACGAGCGGAAGCAAAUACACCAGAUUGCCCAGAAGUACGGUCUUAAGAGUAAGUCACAUGGGGUAGGCCACGAUAGGUACUUGGUGGUAGGUAGAAAGAGACGGAAGGAAGACCUACUGGAUCAGCUCAAGCAGGAAGGCCAAGUGGGGCAUUACGAGCUUGUGAUGCCUCAAGCAAACUGAGCUCUUAACUAAUUUAUUUUGUAAAUGCCCAGUGAGGCAGAUUUGUGAAUUAAAGAAAUGCCACAUGUCCUGGUUGCAGAGUAUAUUCAUUCUUAAGAUGUUUCACCUUGUUCAUUUCAUAUAGUACUUUAUUAGAUAUUGGAUAUUGGAACCUGAAGAAUUCUGUCCACUUGUAUUAGCUUAAAUCCAGCAGAUGAUAUCGUGCAGUUACUGUUUGUGUCUUUGGUAUUGCUGUGCCCCUCCGAUUUUAGUAGUUUGUACAAAGCAAGAACACCUAUCCAAAUGGAAUUUCACCCCGAGAAGAAAUUCCCAUUUUAAAGGGCAUAGCACAGCAAUCUGCAACAAUAUGUAAAGUUGAUAUUGAUUAUGAUAAACUACAGUCUUAAUUUCAGACUUCCUGAAAAUGUCAGAUCAUUUUGUAUUACUAUUUUCAUCUUUGUGUGAAGCCAGUUGAAGAAUGUUUAACAAUAAAUUGUGCUGUACGUGUAAAUGUCCUUACCGACUAAAUGAUGUAAAACUUUCUUAAAGUGAUUUUAGUGUUCAUUUAUUUAUAACUUCUACCAUGUGGUUUCUGGAAUAUUGGAAGUGAUUUACUGUUAUCUUGUGAUAUAUAUGAGUUUUAACAAAUUCUAGUCUUCAUGCUGAGAGAGCACUACUUGAGAGAGCAGUUGAAAAGUUUCAAAAACUUUGAUUCGAUGUGAAGAAAGGAAGCUGGAGCUGCUUGUUCUUGGUGCCUUGCAGAGAGACUCACAGUGACUCUCCGUUACAGCUUUCACGUGGUUUGGGGUACAGCACAUCCAGGGCGGCCACAGCUGGGGCACAGCUCGGUAAGAGACUGAAGACACAUUGGUGCUUUGAGGAAAAGGUCAGUUGGCUGGUCCCUCUCUCAAAAAGCUUAUUAAGCCCCCAAAGCCAACUUUGUAACAUAUUUAAAACUGCUAUUUUCGCUUAUUUCUGGAAUGUAAAAAAAAUGUAUAAAAAAGAAUUAGUGUAUGCUUCCUGAAUAAAAAGGAGCUGACGUUGGUCAGAACGGCAGUGUGCUUAUUUCUGGGCAGCAGCCUGGUAGCGACACUUCGGCGUAUUUGAAGAGGGGAAGUGGUGUUUGCCCGAGAGAUUUCACCACCAGAGCACAUGGAGGUGGACGUAACGAUGGAGCGGAUGCGAGCAGCUGGUCGGUCACCCGCCAGGUUGUCUCCCGGGGGCCAGCAUGCUGCAGCCCCGUCUGCAGCUGUGUGCUUUGACAUGACUUCGGUUUUGUAGCUCUGAUAAAUCAAGUAUCAAUAUUCAGAGACAAAUAGUAAUAUCGAUAGUUAAACACGCCAGUGAAAUGAUAGAACAAUUAGGUUGCCGAGAGUGUCUGCCAACAUUCAGCACCAUGCUUGACACGUCAUUGGCCCACGAUAAUCAGUAACUCCCUUUCCCCUCUCUUCUAUAUUUUGCAUGAAAGAAGCUGUCCGUUGUCGCUAAAUCAGUAUUUUAAAAACAAAAAGGGAUUGGCUUUUAUACCUGGAUCUGUAAGUUUUAGUCACCUGCAGUGAUUAACUGUGUGAUGUUUGUCUUUCACUAACUGCCUUUCUUCCUACAGUGUGUGGCCUUUCCUAUUGUUG